AUGGAAGAAUUGGUCUGCGUGAAACGCUUGUGCGCACUAAAUUUGAAACCUCGAGGUAUUCCAUCAAAACGCCCAGACCAUCGUAAACCAUCUACAAUUAUCGACGAUUUUCUGUACCAUGGAAACAUUGGUCACGCACAGAAUAUUGACUUGCUCAAACAACUCGGCAUUCAACAUAUUCUUAAUGUUUGCGAUGAAGAGUUGGACCAAGAAAUUCUUGAUCAUUUUGAUGUAUUAUGGAUCAACAUCGAUGAUGACAUUAGUGCUGACAUUCGAAAACAUUUCGAGCAAAGUAAUAACUUCUUGCACUUGCAUCAACAGAAAGGCGAGAAAGUUUUGGUUCAUUGUAAAAUGGGUAUUUCUCGUUCCUCUGCGAUUAUUCUUGCGUAUUUAAUGAACUAUCGCUGUAAAAAUUUAUAUGUAGCUUAUGAUUACUUGCUCCAAUGUAGACGAGUGGCCUUGCCAAAUGCUGCAUUUUUCCUACAUCUUGUUCGGUAUGAGAACGAAUUGAGCAUUAGUAAAACCAACGACAACAAUCAGCUGCCAAUGGAAUCAACUCCUGUUCAAUUCGAUCUGAAAGCUGAAUCAAUCAACUAA